AUGAUGGACGCUGAUUCGUCGAUCGAAGCGGGUAGCGAGUCGGUGGAGACCCAAACACUGGACUCCCAAGCCGUUACAACUCCGACACCCUCGUCGGCAUUCCAGACCCCAGAUCAGACCUUGAAUGCCGAUAUAAGCUCUAUCUACUUCAUGGCAGAGGACUCCCAAUCCGAAUACGCGCAACCCUCUGAGCCCGAUUAUGACCCUGAUUUUACCAUGACCUCCGCGCAACUGGAUUUAGACGACCACAGCUUUAUUUCUUCGAUCACCGAACGCGACAAUAGCAGUCUAUUUCACCCAUCCAGUGAGAAUGGCGACGAACGUGCCAAUAAUCAAACCCUAAUCGAAGAACACGAAAUGCGCCGCAAGCUGAUGGAUAUCGAGUCGAGCUUCCUGCCCGAGCCAUCCACAAUCGAUGUCGCUGCGGCCGGCCCUGUUGCUGGUGCAGACGAUACAUAUCUAGUCGGAGUUCCGAAAGAAGACGUGAAUACUACCCAGGACUCUUCGCAGCCGUCCUUCACAGAACCUGAAAUGGACUUGAACGAAGGGGAAAAGAAAGAACCAUUCCCCCCAUAG